AUGUUGGCUUGGCAUCCGCUUUGGCAGAGGCAGAUCUUCCUACUGGACCCGCGCACCCGGCAGACAUGGGAUCAAUUUCGCGAUCAGCGAAAAGGGAGUUCUGGGCAGAUGGCUGGGGGCCCUCCGCGAGCUGGAUCGUCCACACUCUGCAGCUUUGCAGCCUCCGGGGUAGUCCUGGCAUCCGUAUUUCGCAAUGCAAGUCGUGGCAAAUGCUGCAGGUGCAAAUCGGAGGCAUCACCGAGCCCUGCCACGAGAGCCACCAAGCUUCUUGUGGAUGGAGAUACCCAUAGCAUUGAGGAGAUCGAGGAUGCCAUCCAGCAGCUCGAGAAGACUGGUAGAAGGGUACACACAACCGUUUUUGCACCACCUGGUCGCGACGAAAAUGGCAGCUGGAGGCAGCUCUUCGAACGUCACAGGGUCACUUUUCGCCCCGUUGACCGAAACUCCAGCAGAGUUGGUGAAGCCAACGAUGGUGCGAUAAACAGUGCUUUGAGUACUUGCAGCGAUUCCCAAUGUUUGGCUCUGCUCACGUCCGACUUCGAUUUCAUAGAGGCCAUUCAGCAAGCAAUGGACCGUGGCCGGCAGACACUAGUUGUUGUACCAUCGAAAAAGCCUUCACUUAUCGAGCGCUACCACGGUGCAGGGGUGCAGGUUCAAGAACUGCAGCCCCGGGUGUCCAUCUUCCCGAAAGUGCGUGCAAUUUUACGUUCAGAUGGCAGUGGGCAUGUGCAACUGGGUGAACCCUGCCGCCCUUGGCGGGAUACUGAACGUGCCGAUGCUUGCAAAAGUUUCUUGGACGACCUGGGCUACAUGGCGGCCGGCAGCACAGACAAUUUGGUUCACUCUAUGGCUAAAUUCUGGUUCACAAACGAGUUGGGUUCCAUCACCGUGUUUCCUGUGCAUAUUGGCAUCAAGCAGGUCUGGCAGCAAAUGCAGAACCAUGGUAAUAGAAAGUGGCGAAGAUACGCCAACAACCUGGCAUUUUUCCUUCCCAAAACCACUGCAGGACGAAAGCUCAAGGGGAAGCAGCUCGGCAAGUUUGGCACAAACAUAGCAAGGUCUUUCUUCAAGGGUGGUGGCCCAUUCGUGCUCCAAGACUCCGGAAAUCUUGUGUCUCAAGCUUUGAGAAGGCUCGGGUACAUGGACGACGACAUGAACACGGACUUGCAGGAGGCCAUGCUUGUGUUCGUGAACGCAGCGGUACACAAGACGACCCUGCGGAAGAGGCUGGAUCUGCUUCCCUCCAAAGCAGACACAGCCGCAGAGGUGGAGGAUAAGCUCCACUAUGCGUUUCUCUCGCACGCGUCAACUGGACAUUGGCGUGUGGCCCCCAAAGAUGGCGAAAUGCGGCGGCACUUGUGCAAGCAGGGUUUCUUGGCUGACAUGAAGGCAGCCCGCAGAGAUGUUUUUCGUGCCAUGGCGAAGUACGCCAGGCGACACCAGAUCCCCGAGAUGAAAACCUACAACGGAUAUUUGUUCCGUCUCCUCUACUAUGUGGAUUCCAACCCGGACAAGACGGGAGCCAUCGAGAUCAUGCAGUGA